AUUUAAAUAUUGUCUCACCAAAAUUCUUUAUGAACCUUGAUGAACCCUUUUUUUAUCACCUUUCAAGAAGUGACAUGGAAGUGACACAAUACCUGUGGGGUAACUUUGUAAACAUUCCCCGUGUGCUACUAGAAGGCUAAACAGUUCCGUGUUCCCCUUACGUUCACCAUCAUUGUAUUAGCCAGUUAGCUAAAUCUUUAGCUUGGAAUUAUCAUAAUUUUGACGGUAUUUUAUAACUACCACUUAAUUCGGACCUUGCUACGUACCAUUUCUAUCUUGGUGGUAGUGCUUAUAUGCAAGUUGGCCAGCAAGUUAGCCAGUUGCAAGGUUGAGAACGUUAAAUGGCUGACUGUACAGUGGUUGCUAGCUAGUUGAUGUUAUUAGCUCAAUGUUGUAGCUAGCUGAUGUUAUUAGCUGUGUAUGCGUGCAAUCUACACUUUUAAAUAUACUUUUUGUUUAACGCUAAAGCCAAUUGUAUUUACAAAUAGUUCAUAAUUCAUAUUAUUGUUCUUGUCGGAAUGCUGCUGUAAGCAAGAACACGUAGCUAGCUAAUACAUUAAUUGUGUUCAGCAACCCAUAGCAAUGGUCUCUGUGGAUGUUACAGAAUUUCUAGUGUCCUUGCUAGACGUGCAUAAAUUGCAACUGCAGGCUCUCACUAAACAGGGAGAGAUCCAAGCCAAGGUCCUCAGACAGGUUAUAAAAGAUGGUUUAUCAAGAAGAAGUGACAUCCCUUCAUCUCGGGACACUAACAAGCAAGGCAAGAUGACCGUAAUGGAAGAAAAAGAGUCCGCGGAAUGGUGCGCAAGGUUGGCUGAGUUACUCCAAGCUGAGGUACAUAUCAAAUCGAAUUUUACUGGAUCUCAAAGGAUACUUCCUUCUGAAGCUCAGCCCUUACCUGUGGAGGACCAAGGCAGACGUGACUUCCUGUCAUUAAAGUAUGAUCCCCAUAAGGGAGUUAGAGAGCUGGGCCUAAAGCUAGACUCUGCUGCCAAGCGCUGGCUGAGGCCCGACCUGAGAAGUGCUGCACAGGUAGAGCAGUGUGUGGCCAUGGAGCACUUCCUAUCCCUCUUGCCACAUGAAGCAGCCGUCUGGGUGCAGAAGCAGCACCCCAGGGACAUGGAGGAGGCCAUCAGCUUGGCGGAGCGUUGGAUUGGGUGCGGAGACUCCCUGAAUGUUGGCUCUACGGAUACACAGACUGACUCAGAGCAUGGUUCCCCCAACAUCCAGCAGCAAAGGAUUGACAAGACAAUGCAGAGGAUCGAUGAUCAGCCUGAUGCUUCAUCGGAGUCUUUUGACAGUCAAAUGGAGACUGUCAAGCUGGAGUCUGGCCAGCUGAGUCUGGAGGUCUCGGAGCUGGAGGCCCCCAGUCUGGAGGAGGAGCACGACCAGAGUUCCCCACAGGAAGUGGUCCCCUUUGUGUGUAAGCAGGAGGAAGAGGAACCAGACUUCACACAGGAGAGCCAGUGGGCUCAGGAGAGGGCCCCGGCUGAAGGCUUCCACUUGUCCGUGGGCUCAUUAGCACAGGGGAGCAUGUCUGUAUCCGAUUGUGUCCUCCCUCCAGAAUGCUGUUCUCUCAUCUCCACCUUGCCCACAACCUCCAGCCAGGCCUCUCCACAGUCACCCACCGGUCUAGUUCGGGACCUGUAUUAUCAGUGUGUCAAGGACAGUCCAAUGACAGCUCGACGUAGGGGUGUUAAUGCCUCUUUGAUGGAUCCUGAGGCUCACCUCUCUGCAGGGUACACGGGGCAGUUCUCUGAGAAUGUUCUAGAGCAGCAGCAGACGUGGAAGACUCCCCCAGGAGUCCCCUCACCCAUACUGAACUCUCACCUCACCCUGCCCUCUCACCAGUGCCCAGACUGUGGCUGCUGCUUCACCCAGCAGAGAAGCUUACAGGAGCACAGGAACAUUCACACCGGGGAGAGGCCUUUUGUAUGCGACUUGUGUGGGAAAGCCUUCUGCCACCGCCGGACUCUGAACAAACACACUCGCAUCCACUCCAGGGAGAGACCUUUUCAUUGCGACUACUGCGGACAGACCUUCAAACUCAAAGACACCAUGAAGAGGCAUCAGAUGGCCCACUGUAGGCACACGCCGUAACAUCCACCUGCUCGCCCAGCAGGUCGUCAUGACAAUGAACAAACAAAAGGAGAUGUGUGCUUUAGGCUUUCUGAGUUGUGUGAAUAUUGGUCUGCUACGCAGGCAGAUUCCUAGUGAAAAUCCAUGUGUGUUUUCAUUUGACGCAGUUUGUACGUGUUGUGUGUGUGUGUGUGUACACAAACAUUCAUAUUACCUGUGGUUCAUGUUGAUGGUUAGUUCAUUUAGUAAUCAUGCUAUCAUUAACUAUAGUCACUAGAUUAUUCAAACAUGCGUUUUUAAGAGAACGGAGGAGGGGGUAAUUUAUGUACAUAAAGCAUUUUAUAUGGC